AUGAACUGGGUCGGAGUUGACAGAGGGCUUUCAGUGGACGCAGAAGCACUUCAUGGUCUGCAGCUGAACCCUCCUCAACACACUGCUGUUGAUGGACUUGAGGCAACCUUGAAGGAUUCGAAGAAGAUGUACCAGGAUAAAGUGAAUGCUCUCCUUGCUGCAUGGGAGCAUGUCACAACAUUUGUUGCCUCCUCGGUUCAAGAUGCUGUUCAAGAUAACCUGAUUGAUUGGGUGCAUCGGCAUACCCUGAAUGUUGUGCUCCAAGGGGACUGGCCAAAACUCACCCCAGCGACUAAGACCCAUUUGAGUGUAACAUUACAAAGAUGUGCUGCCCUUCUUACCAGCCACAAUGCAGCACCCAAAUGUCGUAUGUUGGUGAAGUUGGUGAACGAUCCGUGGGGGCAUCCAAUUUUAAAAAGAAUAAUCAGCGGUUCACAAGAAAUCACUGACGAAGAAGUACUUGAUCUAUGCCACUCGGAAAUGGGAUUGGUAUUGACUAUGCGACUAGAAAAAUUAUGUGAAUCAAGAUGUGAAGAUUUGGCAUUACGACUUGCAGAAGUGAUAAUUAGAUGCUUAAAUCUUCAAGGAUCAAGACUACAUGAGGGAAGCACAGAAGAUCAAUUAUCGUACUUUGUGGACCUUUAUGUGUCCUUAUUGUACAGAUUUAAGCGGAUACAAGACAUUAUUAAAUAUUUAAAACGCUUAGAGCUCAAAGAAGGACUUAUCCUUAUUCGUCGAUAUUGCAAAAGAGAAACCAUGAGUGUCAGAGUGUGGAAGCAGAGUGGAAAAGUGGCAGAAUUGGUAGCUCAGUACUUCCUUACAGUGGCCAUGGUUAAGCCUGUCAGUGAAACUGGUUCUCUUCUCAAAGAUCUAAUGGCUGAAUGGGCCAUUCUCCAUAGCAGGGUGCCAUCAGUAUCUACGUUACCAAAAAUGAUACGAAAAUUGAUUCUUCCAGCCGAGUCUGCCAUCCACAUUUACACAUUUUGCGAGGUGCUUGUGCAACAGUUUGGUGAUGCCUUGAAACCAAUAUGUAUAGAAUUAUACAUAAGAGGUUUGACAACUGAUAUGAACGAACUGGAGCAACAAAAAGUGAAGCACGACAAGGAAAAGGUUCAUGAAGCAGAGCUGCGUUUAUCUGAUGGAUUUCUUCGAUUGGCAGAAUUAGUGAAGGACAAUGUGGGGGUGUGUCGAGAAUGUAUUCUUACAGCAUUCUCUCUCAAUCCAACCAGGUCGUGUUUUGACAAAAUUAAAGCUAUGGCUGUUGCUUCCGGGAAGUGUCCCAAUCCAGAAAAAACAAGACUGGAACAAAGUGCAUCGAUAAUAAACAAUGUUGCUGUGAAAACUGAAGUGAAAGAAGAAUACGCUGAUGAAAGACUGGGUAUAUGCGACAUACAAGUUGAUACUGGACAAGUUUCAAAUGCCUCUGAAACACCAAACAAUAUCAGAAUGAUCUUGAAUCCUAUUGAUACAAAUGUUAACUCUGAGAAAGAGGGAACAAUUAGAUCCUCCAACUGUCAUGAAAUGCAAUUUGAUAAUAGAGAAUGUGUAGUAAAUUUUUCCAAUGUUCGUUCUGAUAUUUCACAAAGACACAAUCCAGGUACAUCAAACAAUGAAUCUGUCUCUCCUGUAAACUCUGUUCGUGGUAAAUCUUAUCCAGAUGGAUCCAAAACACCUAUUUGUUCCUGCAAGUCUCUCCGAAAUAAAGAUCUGUUGAGCCAAGGAUCCAAAGAAAUUUUGGAUAAAAAACCUCUCAAUAUGUUCGGAUCAUGUUCUGCUCAGCAGCUUGGAGACUUGUGUCCACACUGUGGUAAAUUUGUUGGUGGAUAUCCAACUGCUGUUUCUUGUGAUUCUAUGGGUCCUUCUGCUAGCAACAUGCUUAGUGGAGAAAUAAGUAACACUGCAUAUGUCAAAAAAGCUAUUAAAACAGAGUCUUUAGACUAUGAUGUGCUUCGUCAACCUAAUAAAGUGUUGGAUGCUGAAGCAUUGGGACUUACACCUCAGUUAUGUGAUGAUCUCGCCGUAGUAUUAAGCAGUCCGCGUUAUCAAACUUUAAGUUGGGUUUUAGACUGGUCUGAUCUUAGCACAAGAUGUGAAAAGUAUUUAGAAAAUUGUGAAGAAAUGAGGAAUACAGCUAAAGAACUUAAAUUUCUUAAUAUUGAUUAUAAUCAAUUCAAAGAUUGGCCAAGUGAUGAAGAUAAAGACAAUUAUGGUGGCAUAGAAAAAGGAUAUGAGCAAUGGGCAGAUCUUAGCAGUGACCCAUCUGACCAAGAAUAUGAGUACCCAGGAUAUAAGAAACACCAAAGGCAGUGUGAAUCUGAAUCUGAUUCUUCAGUAAUAAGAAAAAGUGGUAAGUCCCGAGGCCGUAAGUCAGUACAUCGUUUGGUGUCCUCGGAAUCGGAUUAUGAAUCUGGAGGAACAAAGAAGACAAGGCAAAGAGUUGCUUCUCUCUCCAUAUCAGAUACAGAUACGGGUACACAAGACAGUAAACCAGAUAGUUUAAGUAGUGAUUGUUUUACCAAAGUUAGUAAAAAUAAGCUUCGGAAGAAUGAAGAACCAGUUGCUGCCAAGAGGUAUAGGCAAGAUAACUUGAAAAAUUUAUCUCACUUCCGAGUGAUGAUGGAUGAAGAUCAUAAUGAUGUAAAUAGUGAUCUGUCCAACAGUGAUAUGAUGUCUUUGCUUUCUCAGAUGGACGAAAAUGGGAAAAAUGGUACAAAUAAAUUUUCACGUGUAUUUGACUCUCCUAGGAGAGAUGAUAUCUUAAAUCAGACUGAAAAGAAGUCCAGUGAUCCAACUGUAUUAAAAUCGCUUAGAAUGUUCAGGCCACAUAAUGCCAAAAAGUCUUCACCUCGAGAUUGCUUGACUGAAAUGCUAAAAGGUAACCGUGUUCAUACCAAAGACAGUGUGGAAUUUGCUCCUAUGCUUAGUACAUUAAACUUAAAUCCAAGAAUAGUAUUAACAAGGACUGAUGCUACACAUCCUGAUUUAAAAAACUUCAAACAAUCAUCUUCAAAUAAUAACAAUAACAACAAUAACCAUGAAUUACAUUGUCGCAAGACUAAUUCUAGCAACAAAAAUAUAUAUGUAGUUAAUAAAAACCAAUUCCCUUUAGAAUUUUCAGUGACAGGGAAUAUGAAGAACAAACACAGGCUGCAAUUUAUUGCACAGUCGGUUAUUGACAGUGAAUUGUUAGCAAAAUCAGUUCCUGGUUUAAACUCAUUGGAUAUGAUUGUUCCAGCUCCUCCUGAGCCUACAGUACAGGUGGUGCAGCUUCCACAGAAUCCACCUACAAGUAAUCAAAGUGUUAGUUCUACAGAUGCCAACCAGUCAAAGGUUCAAUCAUCAAACGCCUCUACAACAACAAGUUCAACAAAUUUUUUGGACACAACAGCUAGCUCUAGUGAUAGAGAAUUGGCACCAACACCUACCUUUUCUUCACAAGGAGACCAUGAACACAACCAAACUUAUGUUUCCCAUUCAGGACAGCCAUCUUCAUGCUCCACACAAGAAAAAGAGAAAUCUAGUAAUUCACAAGUGAGUGUAAAGUACCUGACCAAAGCAAAUGAGGUAAAUGAUAUUCUACGUAGUUCUCUGGGAGGUUUGUCACAAUCUGUUACGUCUCUGUCAUCUCAAGGAAGUUCCUUGAUGGAGAAAAAACAUAGCUUUCAAACAGACGUGAAGUAUUUGACUUCAACAAGUGAAGUAAAUGAAAUUUUACGCAGUACUCUCAUUGACUCCUCAGCCCAUAGUCAGUCAAGUAUUGCUCACAGUAGUUCAGAAACCAGUGUAUCAAAAUCAAGAGCAGAUACUGGAGUUAAAUACUUAACAACAGCCAAUGAAGUUAAUGAAAUACUGAGAAGUACACCCGUCACUGCUCAUAUACAGAAAAUUGGUCAACCUCCUACAACAUCGGACACAGAACAAAAUUCCAGCGCCCUCUCACAGGUUGAUACUUCCCAAACAGCCAGUCAAUCUUUUCCUAUUGUAAAGGCUGUUGAUAUAAAUCUGUUUGCAAGUUUAAUAUCUUCUGUUGGAGGUGCAUCUCAAAAUGCAACUGAUAGUCAAACUACUGCUCAAGAUUCUCAUAUGGUGCAGUUAUUAUACAAAAAAGAUGGACAAAAAUUUCAUAUCAAACCUCUUCUUUGUGCUCAAAGUAAUAGAGUAACUCUUUCAGAGAGUAACAAUUCUACUGUCCAGCAUUCUGCAAAUGCAUCUGGAAUAAGCAAUGAACAACAGGCUAGUGCAUUAGCACAUGCUCUUUUUGACGAAAACUUUCGAAAAUACUCUUUGAAUUCUAAUGUUACUGUUAAAACAAAUUCUACUGAGAGUUCAGAGCAAGGCUUGUCAUCACAGGUGGCUAGCUUACCAAAAUUUCAGCAUGCAUUUGGAAAAUCAAUUUAUAAUCAAACUAGCUCUGGGUCUUCCACCGAUGGAAACAGUACUGCUUCUCGAGAGGAGAAUACAAGAUCCACUUCCACAUCUACACCAUCUGAAAAUGUGGAACAGAUACCACAGCCUAUGGUGUCUUCCACAAGCUCAGUGCUCUCAAAGGCUGUCCAAACAACAGGAAUAGCAAGUACAAGCAGCCCAGCAGCUACCUUGACCAGACUGCAGCAGGGAGAGAGCAGCGGAACAGGCACCCUAAAUGUCCUAAUGAGUCCACUCACUCUGAGUACUACUGGGCAGGUGGUGGCAUUGACACAAGGAGCAGUGUCUCGGAGUGUUGCAAAUGCAUUGAAACGUCCAGCACGUGCUGCUGCAGUUGCGAGAGUGCAGUCACCUUCUCAAAUUCUAUAUGAUUUACAACAGAUUCCCUCCAGCAUUGAAAACCAACUCCUACAAACUAGCAAUACAGCUACCUUAUCAACUCCCAGAAGUAAUUCCUUGAAGCAGACAACAGAACAACAAACGCAGAGCUUAGAAGAGACUGUUCCAUCAACUCCUGUUGUACCACCGGCCGCUCCUGGAACUCCUGCAGUAUCAGCCCCUGUCACUCUUACGAACAAAGAUAGUGUCAUUCGUAACAAUGUGAGUAGUAUGAGUGCUUUACUUGCUGCUGCUUUACAAGGAACUCCUCAAAAUAGAACUGCAACUGCAAUUGUAAAUUCAACACUGACUCCAUCAUCGUCCCACAGUUCAGCUGUUAAUUCUGCAUCUCAGUUGACAGGCAGUCUUAGUACAAGUAAUUCUAUUACUACUUCAUUAAAUUCAAGUUCUAAUACUUUGCCAGCUGAACCAGAAGUUUGCAUUGUAGAAAGUUCAUCAUCUGAUGAAGAGGGCACUGAUGCGGCUACGCAGACUUUGAUAUCCUCUGUUCCCAUGGUUCAAAGAAUCACCCUUCCUGUUCUUCAAAAGAGUGGAACUCGUACUACAGUUCAGACGAGAGUUGUGCGACCUGUUCUUCAAAUCCCAGGAGGUAACCUUUUAACACGUACUAGUGCAGCUGCUGUGGCUGGGGCACAAUCAACAGCAGCUGGCAUCACUACUUUGCGCCAACAAGUACCUCACACUCCAACAGGUCUUGUCACUUCUGUCUCCACUACAUCUAAUAUCACAUCUCGUCUUGCAACUCCAACUGUUGGUACUACAGACACGUUGAUGGCAGCCCAUAACCCCAUUGAGCCAUCCGUUAGUUCAACUACUUUGGAACAAUUGCGUGAAUUUGAGUCUGUUUUGGAACAAGUAACCAAUACAUCUCAAAUGAAGGAACGAAAUACAGCCCAGCCUCAAACUCAGACUGAUACUCUAACUACACAACAAUUGCUACUAACUCAAGCUCCAACCACUACUGAUCCAGGAUCAGAUUUUACAUCAAACUCUGCGAGUUCAUCAGCCUCAUCUUAUCCACAGCAGUUCUCUACAGUUACAACUACAAGAGUAGCAUAUGUUAGUCAAGCUCCAACACUACGAUCUUCUAGUUCAGUUCCAGUCUCUGCGGCAAAAAUUUCUUCUCCUCUUGUUGUUGUCACGAGUUACUGUCAGCCUGUUGCUUCUCCAGCAUUGAGUGUGACAUCUCAGAGUUCCUCAAGCCCAUGUGUCACUCCAGCUCCCAUGCCUUCAGCAACAGCAAACAAAACCCCUCCAAAACCAGCUAAAUCUUCUAAAUCAAAAUCGCUGAAAUCUAGUCCUUCUAGUACUGCCUCAAAGGCAUCCCCUGUCCCCAAACCUCAACAGAAACCACAAGAAGAUGAACAAACAGCUCAAAGAAUUUAUGCAAUACUUGAUGAAUAUGCAGAACAACUUCGGAACUCUCCAGAUUUAAAUAAUAAACCUGCUCCACGUCGACGCUCGAAUCCUCCUACCAAUCCUAGUCAGUCAUCAAAACGUAAGAAGUCCAAUCAGACGAAGAUGAAGCUCUUGGGUCAUCAAACCACAUCAACAGCAAUUGAAAUGAGUCCAGGUGCAGAUGAUCCAAGAACAAUGGGAAGUGAAGACAGUUCAAGUGGUGUUAUGCAAUUGUCCCACAUUCAAGACUCCCCUGCUUCAGCAUCAACUGCAACUGAAGAACCACAAACAUCUCGCACUCCCUCUACAGAAGUGCCUCUAGAGUGUACAGCUGCAGUGAAAACUGAAGCCCCUGAAACCAGUGUUUCUUCAGAUAGGCAACAACCCCGCAUCAUUCAGAUAGACACUGCUGGCAUUCAGAGUAGAGUAAUAAUGCAGGAUAGUGGGCAAGACUCUUCUGAAGUAACUGUUUCUAGUGCAACAGUUUUAACAGGUAAGCCUGUUACGCUUCCUCUGUACAUGCCAAGUGGUGUGCGACAGGUAUUUGUUCCAAUGGCACCAGGAUUAACGGCUUCUGUUGGUGGUCGGCAAGUGGUGAUGUCAAAAGGCUCGACCAAAGUAAUUCGUGUGCAUCAGGUUACCCUGCCAGGUGGCACACUGCAAGUGACUCCAGGGAGUGGGACACUACAAGUAGCUCCUGGGGGUAGUGGAGUACAAGGUACAGCUUUAGUGGUACGACAGAUCUGUGGCAAACAGGCAUCUGGGGCUGUAGGGAAUGCUGUGUCAGUUCUGGGCCAGCCUACUGUAAAGCAAGUGAAACUGCCAAUGGGAAGCAUUUCUUCACAGACUCUGACAGGUGUUACAGCUCAGCCCCCAGUUGUACUUCCUCCAGGCAGUCACCAUUUAGCUAGCCAAGUCUCUGGGAUGGUGCAAUCUUCACAAACGCUUUCAUUUCCUGAUUCAGGGGAUGAUUCCAAUGUAAUUGAAUCGACCAAUAGAAUAGAUUCACGCAUCAUGUCUACAGAGGAUGGUGCUUCAUCUUCAAGUACUGAUAAUUUAGUUUCUCGAAGGGAGCAAAGUCCAUUUCAACAGGCAGGAUCUCUAGCAGCUGCUGCAGUGGCAGAGAAAGUGCCCUUUAAUACAUCUCAGAUAUCUCCAAGUGCGAUGAAAGUGGAGGAGCCUGAUAGAAUUCAUGGUAUUUCUCCAAAAGCCCUUUUGACUCAUAUAAAAAGCGAAGACUGUAGACCAGCUGAUGAAGUGCAGGUAAAGAAAGAGCCAACUGGUGAGUGUAACGAUCUUGUUACUACAAUAAAAACAGAGUCUGUGAAACAAGAACCAAAGCAAGAACCAGAACCAAAAACAGAACCAGAACCUGAACACGAGGCUGGUCAGGAGCCUGAGCAUGAUGCGGAACCAGAACCAGACUUCAAUGUUCCUCAGUCUUCAAUGACAACUUACCAGUGUUUGAACUUAGGUUUUUCAAGACACACACCAGUGACUCUACGUAAUAGCAAUAAUUUACCAGAGUGUUUAACAGAAACGUGUGAUUUAACUGUUGCUAAGUCGGAGAUUUUAAGUCUCCCACCCUGCUCUGAAAGUGAAUCGGACAAUGCAGAAGAUAGCCUUCCAGGUAGCCAUCUUCACAGAAUUGUGGACACGUCUACUGAAAAUGUGAAGAGACAAUUGAGUGCAAAGGGGUUGCCGCCCCCAAGGGAGACACUAGGCAGUGUGGGUGGUGUAAACAGUAGUAGCAGCAGCAGUAGUAGUAGCAGCAGCAGUAGCAGCAGUAGUAGUAGCAGCAGCAGUAGCAGCAACAGCAACAGCAGCAGCAACAGCAGCAGCAGCAGUAGCAGCAGCAACAGUAGUAGCAGCAGCAGCAGUAAUGGUGGUAAUAGCAGCAGCAGCAACAGCACAACACCAGUCCAUUCACUUGACAAGAUACCCAGUUCCCAACUGCUGGAAGCUGCUCCUUCUACUAGUCAAGUGCUGCAGGCUGAUCCACUCGCUUUUCCCAGCAGUGCUGCCAAUGCAUUGGACUCCAACUCGCUGACGGAAGAUUUGUUCUCGCAUGAAGCAACUCAUGGUUCUAUGACUGUGCAAGUUUUGAAGAAAGAAGUGGAGUUCGUAACGGGCAGUAGUGCUGGGAGUGAAGCACUGGAAGCAGGAAACAGGAACAUCAGCAGCCAGGAUUUACAUUCACAAGUGACACUACAGGACUCCUUCUGUGCAACAGGCAGUGCACUGGACAGUACUGCUUCAGAGGCCCUCCACUUGCGAGUGGCAGCAAAUGAUUUACAACUGCAGAGGGCCUCUGGACUGAAUACUAGUAAGUCAGACUUUUCACUGUCAAAGAAUAAAGAAUGCAGAAGCAAUCCCACACAUUUGGACUUAGUUUCUGAAAUAGGUUAUAUCUCUUCUUCAAAGUUUCCUUACCAGUUUGAGUAUGUAAAUGAUGUGACUUACCAGUUACCGUCCAAAUUGCCAGCAGAAACCCGUGAAACACCUUGGCGCUAUGUCCCUGUGGUGAAGAGAGUCCAGCUCAUACAGAUGCGAAAGAGUGAUCUGGAUGCAUCAUCUGACCAGCUGGGACCAACAUUGCAGCUGGGAGAGAACUCAGAGGUGGAAGAUUCUCCCCAGGAACCAGAAGGAUGUCUGCUGGAUUUCAAGACAGAAUCACUUUCUCGAAAGAGUGGAGGGGGAUCAUCGGCUGCUCUCUAUCGAAAGAUUGAUGGACCAAGUUCUCGCCUUGACAAGCCAGGUACUGACAUGCAGCAGAAGCUCUUGCAGAUCGAAAAGGAAUUGAAAUUGCAAAAGAGUUUGUCUGAAGAAUGUGAGGAUUUAGGUGUUGAUGAACCUAGUACAAGUGAUCUUUUCCCUGAAGCCGAUCUUUUGCUUGAUACCAAUUCCUCUCCUCCUUUUGAACAAAAUAUUCAAGAUACUGUUGUUGCAUCUGAUGUACAGGCAACAGACACCUUUUCAUGCUCGAAUUUUCGUUCAUUGGAGUAUUCUUCUAGCAGUCAAGAUGGCUCUCAGCGUGGAAGUCCUAUUGAUUUUAAGCGACAGGAUGGUUGCCGAAGUCCUCGUCGCAUGCGCAAGCGUGCAGUCAUAGACUGGAAAAGUCGAGUAACUGGUAGGGACAAGGCAAGACUUAUGAAUAGUAGCAGCCACUCACACCGUGAGUCUAAACUGCAUGGUCUUACGCAAGACUGUUCCAUAAAUGGCAGCUCGCAUAAAGAUGCAGUAAUUCAUGACCCCUUGUCAACUUUACAGGAAGAUUCCUCUAAUGGUGCUUCAAAAGAUGACAUGUCUGAAAGUACUUCAGGGACAUCUGUUCCAGACACUCCUCUUCCAAAUACCAAAAAACUGAGACUGGCUGACGAUGACGACGACGAUGAUGAUGAUGAUGAUGACGACGACGACGACGAUGACGAUGAUGAUGACGAUCAUGGAACCGUAUUAAAACAUUCAUUAUCACCAAAAAGUAUAGUUAAUUCUCUUUGCAUUACUAACAAGAACCUUCAAAUAGGAGUGGGUGAGAGUGCCUCAAAAGAAGGGGUUUUGUCAGAAACGGGAAAUUUAAAGUCAUUUGGUGUUGUUACUUCAAAAGUUAGUUUAUCUUCAAGCCCAAGGACGAAUACUUACCCAGGAUCCAGUGAAGAUUUAGUGAAUAUGCUUGACUCGUAUGCUUCGAACAUGAUGUUGUCUUCUCUAGAUGUUACAAUUCCAUCACCUGUUCCUAGUAUUCCUUCUUUGACUGCUGCACAGGCACAAGGUUCUGCCUGCACUCAGGAGCCUCUGCCAACUUUAACUGCUGCACAAAAGUUCACCAAUACGUAUGGUAAGAGAGCUUUGUCAGGACGGCAAGAUGUGGAUCGGGUAGUCAAAAGAACUCGUUUACAUCGACCCAAUCAGUAUUUUAAUGACCACAUAGACUCUCAAGAAACCUGGGAAUCAUCAAGUUCACAGGAAAAGACUUGUGCCGAUGAUGAAGAUUCAGGAUCUCAGAGUAGAACUGAAGGACAAAGCUCUACACCUGACCAGCCUAAUUCAGAUGUUGAUGUUGUAGAUAUCAGCAAUGACUCCUUUCCCUCAUCAACUACUAACUUUUUGCCUACAUCAUCAUCGUCAAAAGUUAUUUCAAGUACUGAUCCCUUUGACAAAACAAAAUCAAUAAAUUUAAACGGUGUUGAUCUCAAAGAUAGUUUUUCAUUUUCAGUACAGAAAGACUUGACUGAAGGCAAGAAAGUGCCAAACAAUAAACGAGGAACUCGGAAGACUGUGGAGGCCGAUACUUGUUCAGCAGAAACCGGUUUGGCAGGUUUAGUUGGAAAACGGAGGAGGAGUGGAAGUCGCAGCAAUAUGAGUCCUCUGCAAAAACUCAAGAGUGUAUUUCACCUUAAACCGUCUAAAUCAUAUGUGCCAACCAAACAGGCCUCAAACUUGUCUACCUUCUCAGAAAAUAGGAAAUUGAUAGUGCGUGCAAGGAAAGUGGAAGAAUGUGACUAUCUUUCGUCGGUAGCUGGCUUCAACAAGCCUGCAGCCACAAUUGUAACUCCAGAGGAGGAAGCAGAUGUCUUAGUUUCUGCUCGGCAGCAGCUAUUGGAUAAAGAUACUAUUUGUCCGGUCGCUAAUCCGUGUGAAACCCAGAUGAAUACUCUUAGUGUGUCUCGGCGGUCAUCACUUCGUGGUCAUAUAAAAAAAGGAUGUACAUGCUGCAGUGUCUCACCUCAACCUGCAAAAAAAAAGAAGGAAGUGUUAAAAGUAGAAAAACCUAGUAAGAAAGGACAAAUUAAAGGGACUGUAACAAAGAAGAGGUAGUUGUUUUUAAUAUUCAGCUGUAAAUAUGUUAAUGUGUGUGUUAAUUUUUAAGAAUAUUUAUCUUUGAAAUAUGUGUGUUAUUGGCGCAAGUGCAGAGGUCAUUUUGUUCUUAGUUGGUGAAAAUAGUAAGUAUGUAAAUAUGCUGUUUCAUUCUUUGGUACUUCACUUUUUCUUAACUAUUAUUGCUGCCUUAUUUACUUUCCAAGCUUUCUCCUGUUUCUGUAUAUUACUUACCAGUCUUUGGUGUUAUUUGCUCAUGUGUUGAAUUACAUUUUGAAAUUGAAAAUUUAUAAUGUAUGUUCAUUUGGCUGUAACCUGAAUCUGUGGACAGCAAUGUGUCCUUUUCCUUGUUUAUAGUUUAAAAAAGGUCCUAAGCCAGGGUUUCUCAAACAGUUCCAUAACCUUUCAGGAAAAUUUACAUGUUUCAUGUACGUAAAUUUUAGAAUUAAACAUUAUGCAAAGAAAUGGAGAAGUUGGAUUUUGUAUAAUAUCUUAUUAAGAGAGUGGUACUUUCUGUUUUUGAUAUGUGUAAAUUCCACUAAGUAUGUAAAGUAAUAGAUUUUUGUUACUUCAUGUCAAUACAAAGUAAUAUAUUUUGAAACUACUGAUUUGUUCUAAAAUCUUUUGUUCCAGUGCAUUGCAAUGCAACAAAUUAUACAGUAUUUGUGAAACUCUUGGUUUCAUCUUACAUAGAAAUUAUAAUGAAAUAGUUUGUUGGAAUGCAAUAUUUGAGAACCCCUGUCCUAACUAUAUGAAAAAAAAAAGAUUUUCUAUGGUCAGUGGAAGGAAUUGUAUUAUGCAGUGAAAUAGCACCACAACAUUGGCCUCUUUGUGCAGCAAAUUGGUAAUGAAUCCUGGGGUUGUGUGAAAUACAGUGUUGUGAACAUUUUUCCUGUCAUAUUACCUCAGUUAAUAUCUAGUCACACGGUUAAUUUCAGCUGAGG